UUAGCGCUUUGUUAGGACAGUUUGCGUCAUGAACGUUUCUAACUGAUCCAACAUUGAAUGAAGAGCAGCUGAUGGGAGGCUGGUCCUCGCGGCGCGCGGCAGGAUCAGAGGCUCUGCGCAUCGCGGUGGGGGGGGGGCGUUUCUUUGUCAUCCUGUCAUUUGAGGCCAGCUCCUCGCGGCAGCAGACCUGCUCCCACGCGCCGUGGCCAGCGGUGAUCAGCAGCGGACCCGUGGCAGCUCCGCUCCCCAUCUCCGCGCUAACAAAGCCCGCUCUGCGGACCGGACUCUGCGGCUUUAGGUCGGAUGGUGCUUCGGCGGCUCAGCAAAUGCAGAAAAGGGAGCAAAGUUUCGGUAUACAAAUGCUCACCGUCCAGCCGGACACGAAGCCAAAAGGCUGUGCCGGCUGCAGCCGGAAGAUCAAGGACCGCUACCUGCUGAAGGCUCUUGAUAAAUACUGGCAUGAAGACUGCCUGAAAUGUGCGUGCUGUGACUGCAGGCUGGGUGAGGUGGGCUCCACGCUGUACACCAAAGCCAACCUCAUCCUGUGCCGGAGAGACUACCUACGGCUGUUUGGCGUAACGGGAAACUGUGCAGCCUGCAGCAAGCUGAUUCCAGCCUUUGAGAUGGUGAUGAGGGCCAAAGAGAACGUCUAUCAUCUGGACUGCUUUGCAUGCCAGCUCUGCAAUCAAAGGUUUUGUGUUGGAGACAAAUUUUUCCUGAAGAACAACAUGAUCCUCUGCCAGACCGACUAUGAGGAGGGUCUGAUGAAGGAGGGCUACGCCGCACAGGUCCGCUGAGCGUCCAAUCACGACGAGAAGGAAGAGCCCGAGUGACAGAGACAGGAGAGCAUGCAAUCACAGAACCAAAUGCACUAUUGCCUCCUGUCCAGGUCCGCUAUGCGACAUGUACAUAACCCGGACUCGUUCUGCUGUACAGAAUGGCCAUAGAGACAAUGUGGCAACAAAUGGUGUAUAUUAACAUGUUUGUAUAUUUCAUGAUUUAUCUCUAAAAGAUGGCGGCUCUCUGUACCUGGAAAACAAUAAACAGAAUUUGUCCUGAGAGUGAUCCCAAACAAAGCUCUGGUUCUGGUCCAGAGGUGGCUGCGGUCCUGCAUCCUCCGUCUGACGCUUUGAAAACUCAAGCUUGGUUCUAAAAGGUCAAAUCAUGUAACUCUGAAUCACAGCUGCUCUAGUUAGAAGAAAAGGACGUCUGUCUGUGAGCUGAAGUAUCUCCCUUCAUUUCCUCCUUUAACUCUUUCUGCUUCAUUCAGACCUUAAAGACGGAACAGACCGCAUGAACCAGCGCUAAUAUCAUCGUUCAUCCACCUCCUGCUGUUGCCGUCAUCAAACGCUUCUCCUUUCUUCAGAAGCUCAAAGUCAAAGUUUUAACGCUAUAAAAUACGGUUUUGGAAGAAUUCUGUCAAAACGCUAAUUAGAUCAAAAAUGACUCUGAACUAUUAAGGAUAUUAUAAGGAAAGAUGAGUUUAUUAUUCAUAAUAAUAAGAUGGGAUUUUUUUCCACCUGCUUCCUUUUCAUGGACCCAAUUUAGUGCCUGACUGCUAAGAAAAGGGAAGGUCUUUAACUUCAAGUGUUCAUGGCUUCUAGGUGAACGUGUUUUGGUCCAGAACUCAACAAAGGGGUCAAAUG